CUCGGCGUCGGACUACUGUGCGACGCUCGUGCGCCUACGUGGCAAAAUCGGGUUGCAGAAGCGGAAGACCGCAAACAAGACUCGCGUGGGGAGGAGACGGAGGAGGAGGACCAGACUGCUGGCUCUUGCCUCCCUUCAAAUCGCGGUGCAUUGUGGGGCGGAGGCGGCCUUCCUUCUCUGAGUCAACACAUUGCAAAGAGCUGUAGUCGGCUACGGGGCACAUCUUUUUCAGUCAACGACGUAAACGCGGAGGGGCGUCUCGAGCGAGCAAAGACAACAACAAAAAAUAGAAAAAAAAAAAAAAAAGCUUGCAAAGUGUGUGGAUAAGGCCGUCAUUAUUGGUGUGGAACCAGCCGUUUGGUCGACAAACAUGGGGCAGGAGGAUUUCAUGAGCACGGCCGAAGACGUGGCAGACCAGUUCCUGCGAGUGACCAAACAGUAUCUGCCUCACCUGGCGCGACUGUGUCUCAUAAGCACCUUCCUGGAGGACGGCAUCCGCAUGUGGUUCCAGUGGCACGACCAGCGGGACUACAUCGAGGUCACAUGGAACUGCGGCUACUUCUUGGCGACCUGCUUCGUCUUCAUUAAUCUAAUAGGCCAGCUCGGUGGCUGUAUCCUCAUCCUCAGUAGAAAUUUUGUACAGCACGCCUGCUUUGGAUUAUUCGCCAUCAUUGCGCUACAGACGAUCGCCUACAGUAUUUUAUGGGAUGUGAAAUUUUUGAUGAGAAACCUGGCCCUCGGGGGUGGUCUCCUGCUGCUGCUGGCCGAGUCCCGUUCGGAAGGGAAGAGCAUGUUCGCCGGCGUGCCGUCGAUGGGCGAGAGCUCGCCCAAGCAGUACAUGCAGCUGGGGGGCCGCAUACUGCUGGUCCUCAUGUUCAUGUCUCUGGUCCAUUUCGACACCAGCUUCUUCUCUAUCCUGCAAAACCUGGUGGGGACAGCCCUCAUCAUUCUGGUGGCCAUCGGGUUCAAGACCAAGCUGGCGGCGCUGACGCUCGUCCUGUGGCUGCUGGCCAUGAACGUCUACUUCAACGCUUUCUGGACCAUCCCCACCUACAAGCCCAUGCACGACUUCCUCAAGUACGACUUCUUCCAGACCACCUCCGUCAUCGGCGGCCUGCUGCUGGUCGUGGCCCUCGGGCCCGGCGGCGUGUCCAUGGACGAGAAGAAGAAAGAGUGGUAGGGAGUGGGGAGGAGGGGGAAAAAAAAAAAAAAAAAAAAAAAGCGGAUACAUGGCACCACCAACCGGGACUCAAAGACACCCCCCCCCCUCUCUGCGCUCUCUAUUGGGUCACCUGGAUACACAGGGUUUACGCUGUAUUUUUUUUUUUUUCCAGUUACAAUAUUUUGGGUCAAAACCAUAGAAAAAAAAAAAAUCACUUUUUUUUACGUUUUCUCAUGUCACAAUUCUCAUUGGAAUAUCUUUCUAAACUCGUAUUCUAUUCCCCACGACAGGAAGGUGAAAUAGGCCCAUAAAUUUCAAACUAAAACUCCACAUGGUCCUGUGAACAUAAAUUCUGUUUUAUUGGUGUUAUCGUAGAUCUGGAUUCCCCAAACCUUUUCUUGACCCGAAAUGUCCAAUUAUUAUUUGUUAAAUUAUAUAUUAAUUAAAUAGAUACACAUCCGUGAAUCAAAAACUCGUUCUGGCAAGAAAUUGUGUGCCCGCUUGACCCAUCCGUAAAAUUGAAUUGUACUCUUGACAAUCAGAGGCUCGUUAAAAUUUGGAAAGUUCGGAAACUCCCGACGCACGACCGGGACGUUGAUUUCUCGGCGAAAGAUCGGGAAAAAAAAAAAACCGCGGCGGCGACUUAACUCGAGACUCACCGGGCGUCGGGUCCUGCCUUCCUCUCCGCGUUGCGCCCCCGAAGCCGACAACGGGCCGACGAGCCGCGUCGGUCGGGGCGGGCAGGGUGCGCCCGGUAUACAAAAAAAAAAAACGGGGGUGGAUUUGUCACGCUCCAUUUGAAAAUCACAAAACGGUUGUUAGAGCCACGACAACGUCAAUGGGCAAUUUGCUUUGUAUGUGUAGUGGAUUGUGUAUGUUGUAUGGGGGGGGGGGGGUUUACAGGCGGGGAGGCUGUCAAUGUUUUGUCAAAUGCCGUAUUCUGUGAUCUAGAAAGACAAAGAGGACUAAGCAGACUUUUUUUUUUUUUUUUUUUUUGGGGUGGGGGGGUCCCUCUCCGCUUAGUGUUUUUUGGCUAGUUAAAGGAAAAUAAACUAUUCUCUUUUGUUUUUCAGAACUUUAUAUUGUAUUUUUUUGUUUUUUUGCUUUUCUUCUUUUUUUUUCUCUCUCGUUUGUUUCCUUUUGAAUUUGGACGUUCGUGGUAGAAAAAUUAAAGGAAAAAAAAUUGAAAUAAUGAAA